CUUUCGCGCCUGAUUUGUCGGAGUGCCGACCUGGUGCCCGGGGUCACCUCGUUGGGGGUUCUCACUUGCGCCCGUGUCUUCGCAGCAGUGACUCCACCUGGGCAGCGCAUUCCUAUGAUCCUCCAGGGCAAGGUGAGAUGUCGAAAACGUUCAAUAGAUUUGCUGUACAGGCUGUAAAUGUUUACACUUCAGUUGCUCAAUGAGCUGUAACUUUCACGGACGGCUUUGCAUUACUUUUAUUCUCCUCUAGUUGGUAGUAGGACUUGUUUCGUGGCCCUACAUCAUGGCGAGAUCCGCGAGCAUGCGACAACGGCUUGGCGGGUUGGGGUCCAAGGCCUGCAAGAUGAUGGCAGUUUGCAUGGGUGGAGUUUUGCUGCUUUCUACCGGAAACACUGCAGCUGAGUAUUUGCGUGAAGGACUCCAGCAAAGAAUAUUGGACGAAGUACACACAGCGGACGAGAAUCCGCAUCUGGCAAUAGAUGGCAGAACCGCCAAGUGUGAGUUCAAAAACGGUAGCGCGUCUGGCGGAAGCACUGGCUCCUUGACGUUGUCCCAAAAUGAUCUCACCGCUGCCUUGGAAUGUGUCGGGGAGAGUGUGGCAUCAAUACCGACAGAACUGACGAACAAAGUGUGUCAGCCAAAGCAGGAUGCUACAAGAGUAUCCGAGUGCACGUUUAACGGUACCGCCUCAGAAGGCACGGCGGUCGCGUUGAAAGACAUCCUUGGAGUUACAGCUGACGUUCAGUGGACAGAGGAGCAAUCGUCAGCGAAAGGGGCCGGCAAACGAAGAUGGACACUGGAACUGAAGGAAGACGACCUUCCCUUGACUCCGAAAUCUUUUCUUGUCGGUUGUCUUCGCCAAAAGUCAAAUCGCAGUGGUGGCGAUGCCAAGGCGUGCAAACUCACAGUGAAUGUGGAGGCCAGAGCUUCUUCCGUUGGAGGUGACAAUGUUGUCACCUGCGCAUACGGCAAGGACAGCAACCAGCAGCCCCUGAAGGUGGAAAUGUCACCAGAGAAGAACACUCUGACUAUAAAGUGCGGCUCCGAGGGUUCUCUCAUUCCUACAAGCUAUGCAACCGAGUACUGUGAUCCCCACGGAGAAGAGGGCAAAUGCACGCCGAAGAAUUUCAAAGAUAUUUUCCCUAUGUUUGCGGAGAGCUGGUGGAAGAAGGCGGACGAGAAGGGGACCGCUACUUUGACUAUUCCGGAGACAGGUUUUCCGGAAUCGGAACAUCAAUUCCGUAUCGGGUGCGCUCUGAAGGAAUCGUCUGGGAGUUCUUCAGUUGAGAAAGAUAGUGGUCAAACUCAAGGGCCACAGGUUGAUGUCAAGACAUCUAGCUGCAAUGUGGUUGUGACCGUCAAGUUGGGAAGUUCUGCAUCGUCAUCUGGUCGGGUGGUGGGUACAUUGGUAGGAGCAGCCGCUAUGGUCGGCCUUCUCGGCGCAUCAGUUUAA